AUGGAGCCAGGGCACCAGGAUGUGAACAUGAGACUUGUGCAUUUCAGCGGAAAUAGCGUCCUCUCCGGAUGCCUUGUUCUUUCGCAGCCUCUGCAAUACGUGGGCAACUUCGUCUCCGGAACGGAGGUUGCACGACACUGCAUAGGCUGGGGAGGAGUGAAACUCCGCUUCGGAGGAGAGCGAGAGUGUGAUGAGUUGCUCAUCGAAGGUGCUCGAGGUAUUCACAUCAUAUCAACGAAUCGGAAUAUUUACGGCUUCGCAAACAGUUCGCACGUCAAAGUCCCUGGCAGCUCCGAAACCAUAUCAUUGACACUCUUCGAAAAUGGACAGGAAUAUGCUAUGGAAAAUCUUCAUACUCCCAUUGUGCUCCAGCUUGCUAAGACCAGCGAAUUUACACCACCGCCAUUCGGAUCGGGCCUGCCGAACGAACCUAAUCCUCGACUACCGGAAGCCUUGAUCGCUGUGGAUGGAUCACGUGUAUACCAGCCGCUAGUUAUGCUGCGAUAUCGUAUCGAGGAGGAGGACGUGAGUUUUCAUUUUCAACUUCAACCGCAAAACAUGGACGCAAGACCUCAAUACCUGUUGGUUGCCCGACAUAUCUUUCCGCCGAAUCUGAACGAGGAGGAUGAGAAAGGCAAAACCUUUUGGGCUGUUAUUCCACCUUCUACGAAGUUUUACGGAUACCGCCAGCUCAGUGCAGUUGAAGUGGACACCUAUGGGCCAAACAUGCCCCCACCCAAACCCUAUCCGUUUGAAGACCAGAUCAACGUGACUGUUCAUGUUCGGGGCUACUUUUCAUCUUGCAAUUCUCUAUCCGGAUCUAGUAGUUCGUGGUCCAGCUACGGAUGUAAUGUAUCUGCCGAGAGCACUGUCAUGAAGACUGUUUGCGCCUGUAACCAUUUGACAACUUUUGCUGCCGGUUGGCUGGUCGCUCCUAACACUGUGGACUUUGACUACAUCUUCCGAAACAUAGACUUUGACAAGAAUCCAACCCUCUACGCCACCGAGAUCACCAUUGCUGUCAUCUUUCUACUCCUCUUCAUCUGGGCUCGACGGAAGGACAACUCCGACCGUCAAAAGGUCUGCGCAUUUGGUCAAUAG